AUAUGCACCUGGAUGUAGCCAGAUUCUCUCCACUUCAGUAUUACCUAUUCAACCACUAUAACUAGUUAGAAGUGAACUUUUAUCAGCACUACAUAUGGCCGCCAGCACCGACGGCAAGUGCGGCUCCAACUCGGCGACGAACGCCACCUGCCUCGACUCGUCUUAUGGCAACUGCUGCUCGGCAAAGGGGUACUGCGGCUCAACGUCGGCGUACUGCGAGGCCGGGUGCCAGAGUGCCUUUGGCACCUGCGACACCAGCGACACGACCGAGAUCAGCACCAGCGGGUCGUGCGGGAUGAGCGACGGUCGAACCGUCACUUGUCUGGGCAGUACCUUCGGAAACUGCUGUUCUGCCCGGGGGUACUGUGGAAACACCACCGAUUACUGCGGCACGGGCUGCCAGAGCGCCUUUGGGUCUUGCAACAGUACUUCAUCAUCGUCGUCGUCGUCAUCAUCAUCAUCAUCUUCCUCCACUUCGACAGUCACUGUCUCGGUUAAUGGAAGCUGCGGCUCCAACUCGACCACCCAGUCCAUUACAUGCAUCGGUAGCGUCUAUGGAAACUGCUGCUCCAGCCAUGGGUAUUGUGGUUCCAGCACCGACUACUGCGGUACAGGGUGUCAGUCGGCGUACGGAAACUGCACCAUGACAACUGCGACGACAGCGCCGAACAAGAACGACAAUCAUAAUCUCACUGGGGGGGGUGUUCUGGUUCAUCUGGCGGCGCAGAGCCAGAGGAAGAGCGGCUCCCCUAGAGCUGGAUUCGAAGACAGGUUACAGAUCUGCGGAUCCCCCGGAAGAAUUAGAUGGAAACUCAAGAGUAGAGCUGGCGAACCACUAGGGGUUUCUGUUGAUAUUAGUAUGUACCGGUAGCUAGUAGUUAGUAUUCUGAUGAUCACUGUUUAUAAUGUAUAUCA